AUGAAGGUAAUAGUGGGGGAGGCGGAGUAUCAAUGUGAAGUUCUGUGCUGUACUGUGAAGUACUGUACCGUGAAGUACUGUACCGUGAAGUACUGUACCGUGAAGUACUGUAAUGUGAAGUACUGCACCGUGAAGUACUGCACCGUGAAGUACUGCACCGUGAAGUACUGUACCGUGAAGUACUGUACCGUGAAGUACUGUACCGUGAAGUACUGUACCGUGAAGUACUGCACCGUGAAGUACUGCACCGUGAAGUACUAUACCGUGAAGUACUGUACCGUGAAGUACUGUACCGUGAAGUACUGUACUGUAAAGUACUGUACUGUGAAGUACUGCACCGUGAAGUACUGUAAUGUGAAGUACUGCACCGUGAAGUACUGUAAUGUGAAGUACUGCACCGUGAAGUACUGCACCGUGAAGUACUGUACCGUGAAGUACUGUACCGUGAAGUACUGCACCGUGAAGUACUGCACCGUGAAGUACUGCACCGUGAAGUACUGUAAUGUGAAGUACUGCACCGUGAAGUACUGUAAUGUGAAGUACUUCACCGUGAAGUACUGCACCGUGAAGUACUGUACCGUGAAGUACUGUACCGUGAAGUACUGCACCGUGAAGUACUGCACCGUGAAGUACUGCACCGUGAAGUACUGUACUGUGAAGUACUGUACCGUGAAGUACUGUACCGUGAAGUACUGCACCGUGAAGUACUGCACCGUGAAGUACUGCACCGUGAAGUACUAUACCGUGAAGUACUGUACCGUGAAGUACUGUACCGUGAAGUACUGUACUGUAAAGUACUGUACUGUGAAGUACUGCACCGUGAAGUACUGUAAUGUGAAGUACUGCACCGUGAAGUACUGCACCGUGAAGUACUGCACCGUGAAGUACUGUACCGUGAAGUACUGUACCGUGAAGUACUGUACCGUGAAGUACUGUACCGUGAAGUACUGUACCGUGAAGUACUGCACCGUGAAGUACUGCACCGUGAAGUACUGCACCGUGAAGUACUGUACCGUGAAGUACUGUACCGUGAAGUACUGUACCGUGAAGUACUGUACCGUGAAGUACUGUAAUGUGAAGUACUGUACUUAUAAUACUGUAAUUAUAUAG